AUGGAGAAGGGCAAGGGCCUCGCCCGCCGCUGGGCAGUGGAGCUCCACGACGCAUCUUCCUCCUCAUCCUCGCCUGCCUUCCCCGAUCCCCCCGGCUUCACCAGAUCUGCCCCGGAAGCGGACGACGCCGCCAGCGCGCGGCAGCGCAAGGAGACCGAAGCCGCCUGGAAGGGGCAGAAAGCCUGGGAGGUGGCGCAGGCGCCCUUCAAGAACCUGAUGAUGAUGGGUUUUAUGAUGUGGAUGGCCGGGAGCACAGUGCACCUGUUCAGCAUUGGCAUCGUCUUCUCUGCUCUCUGGCAGCCCUUCAACGCACUCCGAUCUGUCGGGAAAGUUUUUGAACCAUUUAAGGACCCAAGGGUGGAUACACUUGCACCUAAGUUGCUCUUCACUGCUCUCAACUUGGCCGCUAUGGGUUUGGGUGUUUGGAAGCUCAAUACAUUGGGUCUUCUUCCAACAAAUGCAUCAGACUGGGUAUCUUCACUGUCUCCUGCUCGGGAGGUUGAAUAUGCUGGUGGAGGGAUCCCCUUGAUGUAUUGGAGGAUGGUAUCUGUACUAAAGCGAAAUUUACCCUGCUGA